CCGAGACGGCGCUCCCUCGUUGAAUGGGCAAAGCACAUUGCGUCCACCAUCGAACGCAAUAAACAACAGCUCAUCGUCUUGUUGAACAAUAUUGAUGGUCCCAAUUUGAGAGACCCAUCUGAACAAUCGGUUUUGGCAGCAUUGGUGGAGAGUCAUGCGGUUCUAAUGGUGGCCACUGUUGACCACAUCAACGCUUCUCUUCUUCAUACAAGUCAUCAAUUGCAAUUAUUCAACUGGAUAUACUACCGUGCGGACACCUUUAUUUUCUCAUGGCAGGAGAUUCUCGCAGGGCAAUCUUCUCUACUUGGGCUCAACCCGAAAAGUAAUCAGUCGACCCACUCGCUGUCUUCCCUCGACGUUUUGUGGCAGUCAUUGGCCGCAAACUCUCGUUCCAUCCUUCGAAUAUUUUAUGCAAUGUUCUUCCACAGCAAGGAACCUGUCGCAUUCUGGGACCUUUUCACUGCUGCAAGUAAGCGUCUGCUUCUGAAGGACGAAUUUCUUGUUUCGUCAGAUACCGCUCUCCGUCAGCAAUUAGUGGAGUUCAGCGACCACCGCAUACUUAGAUGGAAGAGAGGUGAGGAUGGUAAUGAGCAAUUAGUUGGCUGUUGGGAUAGGAAUCUCAUAGAGAAAUUUCUCAGUGAAAAAGGUCUCAAUUUGGAUAUGAUGUAG